AUGAACUCUUCAUUUUCUUCUGAUAAUUUCUCUGUUAGCAGCCCAUGCAAAACCCUGUUGAUUUUAGGUCUGCUUCUGUAUUUGAUCUACGUUUCUCUUUCAAGUCAAUAUCCCAAUUGUCCAACUUCUGAUAUCUUUACACCUAUCCAGAAAAGGGCACUUCCCACAAAUAAAUCUUCAGUAGAGAAUUCUGUUGAUUCUCCAACUAAUGUUAGCCACCUUGUUUUUGGACUUCUUGGUUCAGUUCCAUCAUGGCCUCAUAGAAAGCCGUACAUCGAAUCAUGGUGGCGACCAAACGUUACAAGGGGAUACGUAUAUUUAGAUAAAGAACCAACGAAAGAUCUCCUCCCUUGGUCAAAAGAUUCUCCACCAUAUAAGAUCUCUGAGAACCUUACAAAAUUCGUUCAAGAAAUUGGGGGUAUUUACCUCAUGAAUAAAAUGGUACAUGGAAUAAUGGAGGUUUUCAGAGAGGAGCAUGGAGAUCUCAGAUGGUUAAUAAUGGGAGACGACGAUACAAUAUUUUUUGUCGAUAACCUCGUUGAUGUUCUUUCAAAGUUAGAUCAUAAAAUGUACUAUUACCUUGGUCACCAGUCUGAGUUUAUUUGGUCCAAUGUUUGGUACUCAUUCAACCAAGCUUUUGGUGGAGGUGGAUUCAUUUUGAGUUACCCUUUGGCAAGAGCCCUGUCAAAUGACAUGGAAAAUUGUCUGAGAAGACAUGCACAUUUGAAUGGACCAAGGAACUCUGCUGAUAUGACAACGAUGGCCUGCAUUGCUGAUAUUGGAGUCGACUUGACUCCCCAUCUGGGAAUGCACCAGAACAAAAUCAUAUCAAAAUGCAGGAGUAGUGAGAUAAACUCAAGCAUGGCCUACAUGUCAUAUACACUUAUCAGAUAUUUGAUGAAGAGAAGAUUAUGGAACAUAUAUUCUACAUUAAAUUACAUGAAUAGGUUGCCUGAUAGACGAUUUUAUGUUUUAGAAGUUAUGGUUCAACAUUUACUGCGGCCCUGA